AUGUCCGUAUUUGAAAAGCCUCUUUUGCUGUUCACUGUAAAUCACAGCGAAGGAGAUAAGUAUAAGUUCUUCAUGAAAGCGACUCUACUGGAGCAGAUGAAGAGAGACUACAUCCACAUCAAACAGACUAAAGCAGUGACCAGAGAACAGGUUGAGAGGCAAGAAGAGUGUCUAAAGGAUCUCAAGCAGGAGUUUUUGCAGAAGAAGGAGAGGUACGAAAACCUGUCAUCUGUUGGUAAGAUGAAGGAGACUCUGGAGGAACUGAAGAAGAUGAUGGCAUGGUGCUUGGUGAGAGAAAAGGAGCGGUUGGUUCAACAGCUACAGGAACAGAUAGACACAGAGGGAAGUAAUCACAAACACGAAGAAAACCUUCAACUCUGUCAGAAUAAAGUGACAGUAGCUGAAAAGGAAUUGCAGGAGAUCCAGAGCAGGCUUCACAGUCGGAAAGAAGAGGAGGAGUCUCUGUCAGAGGACUGUCGGAAGAUAAAGGAAGAAGUAAAGUCAAAGAAUAAAGCUCAGAAAGAGCAAGAGGUGGUGUAUUUCCGUGCUGUGAACAAACUGAAACAAUCAGAGAAGGAACAGUCCCUUCUUCACGAGAGAAUUCACAAAGUGAAAAAUAUUGGGAGUCAGAACAAGAAGGCCGAGGCAGAGCACACCAAGAGACUGCAGAAGAUCUCCAGUCUCAGGACGCAGUUGGAGAAGCAUGAGACGCAGUGCACUGCUCUGAAUCAGGAGAUCAAGGACAGGCAACAGGCUCUGUUCAAAGGGAAGGAGGAGUUGGACAAACUACGGUUGGAAGAGAAGAAUAUUCAGGUGUCGAUGGAAGCCAAGCUGAAGAGGAAGAACCAGCUCCUGGCCAGUAGAUCCAACAAACUGAAGCGCUUUGGAGAUAACAUGCCUGACCUGCUAGACAACAUCGACAAGGCUUACAUCCAAGGACGUUUUACCAAGAAACCUCUUGGCCCUAUAGGGGCAUGUAUAAACCUGAAGGACCCUGCCUUAGCUGUAGCAGUGGAGAGCUGCUUGAGGAGCUUCAUGAAGACCUUCUGCUGUGACAACUACAAGGACGAGGCCGUCCUCCAGGAUCUGAUGUCACGCUACUUCUCUAAAGGCAACAGACCCCAGAUCAUUGUCAGCCCCUUCUCUCCUCCGUCUACAAGGUUCAAGGACGGGAACAAGUGGAGUCGAUCACCCAGACUACCCUCAGUACUGGACUCUCUGAGCAUAGCCAACCCAGUCAUCGCAAACUGUCUCAUCGACAUGAGAGGCAUAGAAUCCAUUCUCAUAAUCAAGGAGAAGAAUGCAGCCAGGAGAGUGAUGCAACAAGGCCGACCCCCGAGGAACUGUCGUGAGGCCUUCACUGUGGAGGGAGACCAGGUGUACCCUAACCGGUACUACACUCCAGACUUCAGCAUGGCCAAAUACCUCGGGGGAGAUCUGGAAACAGAAAUUCGCAUGGUGGAGUCAGAGCUGGAGAACUACAAGGCCCAGCUCUCCCGGUUUCAGCUUCACCUGAGCUCAGUCAAUGAGGACAUCCAGCGCAUGGAGGCCAAACUACACAGCACAAUCAUGACUCUGAAAAAGACUCUGGCCACAGUGAAUCAGGUCAAGGCCGGUGUGACCGAGCUGGGAGAAUGUUGA